GCGCGACUUUGGUGCGGAGACGCAUCAGGUGCGCGCACAUUGAGAUGGCUGGGUAAUGCUAGAUUGUUUAAGUGGAAGUAUUUCUAAUGUAAUAUAUGGGAAUACACACGGGAUUUCGGAAACGCUAAUCAAUCAUCACGACUCCUGCAUGUGUGCACGCUGGAGCGCCCAUGACGCAUUGGACAGCAUCCUUUAUCCGAACAGAAAUCUUAACCAUGGAGGAGUCGUGGCACCGAGCGCUUCACUAGAUUCGUCCAAAGCCAUCUCAGAAGUAAAUCAUGGAUCUAACAGAGUCUGUUUGGCUCCUGGAAGAGCCGUGGAACCACAGCCGAGCAGAGGAAGAUGGGAAACUUUUAUUCGGCAUAGGCGCGGAUAAUGUCAUUACGCUGCUGGUGUUUGGGCUCAUCUUCGUGCUCGGUGUGCUGGGGAACUCCAUCGUCAUCACCGUUUUGGCCAAGAGCAAGCCGGGAAAACCACGCAGUACCACCAACAUCUUCAUCCUCAACCUGAGCAUCGCGGACCUGUCCUACCUAAUCUUCUGCAUCCCUUUCCAGUCCACCAUCUACAUGAUGCCCACAUGGGUCCUGGGCGCCUUUAUUUGUAAAUUCAUUCACUAUUUCUUCACGGUGUCCAUGCUGGUCAGCAUCUUCACCCUCUCUGCCAUGUCAGUGGACAGAUACGUGGCCAUCGUCCACUCCAGGAAGUCAUCCACCAUCAGGGUAGCUAAGCACGCCUUCAUUGGCGUGGUUAUCAUCUGGAUUCUCUCUCUAACCAUGGCAGCACCAAUUAUGUAUUACCAGAACAUCUUUCAUGGAGGAGAAAAUCUGACAUUUUGCUGGGAAGUGUGGCCGGACCAAAACCAGAAGAAAGUCUAUGUGGUUUGCACCUUUGUUUUUGGUUAUGUGUUGCCACUGCUGCUCAUCUCCUUCUGCUAUUCAAAGGUUUUAAAUCAUUUGCACAAAAAGCUAAGAAAUAUGUCCAAAAAGUCUGAGGCUUCCAAGAAAAAGACUGCUCAGACCGUGCUGGUGGUUGUGGUGGUGUUCUGUCUGUCGUGGCUCCCUCAUCAUGUGGUUCACCUCUGGGCAGAGUUCGGCACCUUUCCACUGAACCAGGCCUCCUUCGUGUUACGGGUGGUCGCCCACUGCCUGGCUUACAGCAACUCGUCCGUCAACCCGGUGAUCUACGCCUUCCUGUCGGAGAACUUCAGGAAGGCUUACAAGCAAGUGUUCAAAUGCCAGAUUAGUACGGAAGACCCGCCGCUCAAUGACAUCAAGGAGAUGCGGAGUCUCCCACCCUCGACGAACUGCACCAAUGUUUGACUGUCGAGGUGGGGAUGGUGAUGUAGUCAAUGUCCCAAAACAAAACAUUUAAACAGUGACACAUACUUUUUCACAAAAGUGAGUACAUCCCUCACAUUUCUGCAACCGUGUUAAUAGUAUAUCCUAAGUGACAAUACUGUAAACUUGAAUAUACUUCAGAGUAGUCAGUGUACAGCUUGUAUAUGAGUAUAGAUUUACUAUCCACUCAAAAUGACUCCCUUAAGAAGCUAUCAUUUGACGGGUACACUCACUUUUGUGAGAUACCGUAUAGCGGGAGCACAGAAUUGUAGAUAUUCCUUGGACGUUGUCACAAAUUUUCCACAUAAGCGCUGUACAGUGUGUUUAAACGUGCACAAGAAGCUGUGUGUGCGCGUCUUGCUGCCUUUUGUCGUCAGGAAGUGAAAAACAUUCUCUUUUGGGUUAAUACAAGGCCAAUAACUUAGUAAUUGAAGAAUAACAUAUCUACAGUAUAUAUAUAAAAUACAGUAGUUACUGAGGAACUAAUGACUAAGGCACAUACAUUUAGACUACUUACUGAGGAACUAAUGAGUAGUGGUUAGGGUUAGUGAGGUAGGUUCGUUCCUCAUUAACUACUGUAAUUUUGUGUACCUUUUAUGGUAAAGUGUUUACCCACCUUUUUUUGCAUAUGCAUGUUUGCCCUAUUAAGACCAUUUUAUGCAUGUAUCGCCAAUUUUCAUUUCAUUUGGGUGGUCAGCCAAUCAGUAGCGCCACUGAUGUUUUAUAGGUCAUUUAUAUAUUAAAAAAAAAAAGUGAAUGCCAACAAUUUUCGGAUACCUUUCCAUUCAAUUUCUGGUGAAAUGGUGCAAUUCAGUUAAUAACGGAAACUAUUUUUUUUCUGUACAGAAUAACAGAAAUGUCACUAAUCGUCCCAGUGACAAACAGCGGCCCAAACCAUGGACAUUUUCAAAUCAAACUUCUCAAAUAUCUUGUAUUUAAAGGGACUGUUUGGAUUCUGCGGCUUCCGAGACACGCACUUCGUGGCGCUGAAGCAAGCGAAUGGCACAGUCGCCACCCAUCCGUUGAGAAUCACUGGUUAGUGGCUGACCUGCCUGACUUGGUUCAGUCCCCACUCAGUGACAGUGUGAUUGUGAGUAUAAAUGAUUGUUAGUCUCUGUAUGUUUUGCCCAAAGUCAGCUAGGAUAGGUUCAAAUUCCGUGCGAGCCUGAACAGCAUAAGCAGUACGGAUGCUAGAUGGCUGAAUAAAAGUGAAAUAAGCCACUCUUGCAUGGCUCGUACCAGGGCUGUCCAAACAUGUACCACCGAGGGCCACGUACAAAAAAAUGUAAGGAUGCAAGGGCCACUUUAAUAUUUUCUAAAGCUAAAGUUAUUUAUAUUUCAAGAAAAAACUGCAUCUCAGCUUUGUGAUAUAGGUGAAAAAGCUCAUUAUUAGUCUGUUAUGUUUGCUUUUUUUCCAUUUUUUCUGUUGUUUUUUUCAAAUUUUCCAGAUACAAUCUUCAGAAAUUUUCUUUUACUUUAUCCCCAUAAUAUUUUGACUUAAUUCCCAUAAUAUUAUAACUUUUCCCAACCUAAUUUCCUAAAAAUUACAGCUUCAUUUUGUUUGCUUCUCAUAAUGUCACGACUGUUAAAAAAAUAAUAAAAUAUUUCAAGUCUAUGCUACUAAAAUGGCAUUAGGUUUCCUCGUAAUAUGAGUUUAUUCUUGUAAAAUUGCGACUUUUUUCCCCGCUUUAGAAUACGACUUUAUUCCUGUAAAACUACAGCAGUUUAACAUUUCUGCUGUUUUUUAUUUUCCCACUAUUUCAACUUUCUUCUUAAGAACUGCGGGCUCCACAAGGCCCCCGGUCCACACUUUGGACAUCCUUGGCUCAAACUGUCACCAUUGUGAUGGCUGUUAAGUGUGUUGUGACCCCAAAAGCAGACACUGGAGUCGUGAAUGUUAAAGUCCAAAAACAGCUAAUUGCUUGAAGCGUGGGGAGCAGAAUGGCAAAUAAGGUGACGGUAACAAAGUACCAAAUAAAACAAAGCAGAAACAAUGGGCAGGGCUGUGGAAAAGGCAGUAAAUUGUCCACAUAGGGAAAAAUACCGUAAGGAAACAAUUGCAAGUGGAGCAAGAGGCGGUGUACUUGUAAAAAAGGGUGAAAAAAGCACUAAGCAAACAAAACGAGUAACAAUAACCACAGGAUGGAUGCUAGAAAAGGCGCAAGGUGACGAGGAAAAGUUUGGCACGGAAUACAAAACUCAGAGGAGUGCAGGUGAAGCAUGAGGAAAAAUCUGGAGUCUUCCUUGCCUGGACAUGGGGUUCAUGAAUGACGUUGAUUGCCGAUUUGCGUGCACCUGCCUCGUAGCGCCACUCUCGUCAUGAAUCCAAACUACCCGAAAAAGAAAACAAGAAAAACGCCAGACAGCUGUACAAUUUAUAUCUUAAUUAACAUUCUUAACUACCACACACACAACUUAUAGCUGUAAAUAGUUGUAUAAAUGAACACUAAAGAAAAAUACUAACCCAUGCUUGGAGGAGUCAAGGCGAGUAUAUGUCAACAAUCACACUUUUUAACAUCCAGUUCCACUGGGGGGGAGAACCCACAAAAAAGAUGCAUGAAGUUGUCUCAAAUCCACUUUAGAAACACGAAGGCUCAAUUGUUUUGUGUGCUGAGACAGGGUUGAUACGGUCUACUGGCAUUGUAUAGGUAUUGCUGGAAAGAAAAAAAAAAUUCAAACAAGACUUAAAAAAAAAAGCUCAUCACAUGUAAACAUAUGUGCAGUGAGGACCAUGGCUGGUGAGGCACCGACUUGUCUUGAAUUUUUUUUUUUUGUAAUGUGAAUACACGUUGCUCAUUGAGAGGAUAACAAGAAAAAGAAGAUAAUUUACUUAAAUGGUGAAGUCCUAAGUGCAUCAUGUAGAAAGUGUGUAUGUGUGUUGAGUAAGGGUCUAUUGUAAAUACAGCGUUCCCUCGUUUAUUGCGGGGGAUAGGUUCCCAAAAUAGCCCACAUAAAAUAAAGUAGCCAACUUUUACAAUCAUUCCGUUUUAAGGCUGUAAAACUCCUCACUAUCCGCUUUAUACACUUUUCUCAAGCAUUUUCUCCGUUUUAAACACUUCGUUUGAAUGAAAAUUAUCAAUCUACGAGGUUGGACACAAUAAAUUAUGAAGCGACUCACGCGUAUUCGAUCCUCUGACCGCGCUUCGUCCUGGCAUUGUUCGCUUGUAGCACUUUUGUGGCCUUGUUGAAACAUACCGCUCCAGCAGUCGUCGUCCUCCUCGUCCUACUCCUUGAACCGAAGACUCAUUUAGCCGGUUAGCUGCUACUUCUAUUGUUUAUUGCCGGUUAGCAAGCAGCUCACACAGUUAGCUUGCUUGAUGGAGAUUGACAAUACAAAUCAGGACGCAGAACACAACGUGGACGUUGUCCCUUAGCCAAUAAGGACUGUUGUGGCUCUAUAUUCAGCCGGGUAUUGUCUACUGAGGGUGACGAAUAUGCUCAUACCGGCAUGUAAACGCACUGAGACAGGUGGCGCUGCACACAUCUUAAACAUGAGUGUACAACACCCUCUACCGGUAGCAGUAGUAAAUACAAUAACAGACACAUACAACAGAGCACCGAUAGAUCGCUCUAAUACACCAGAAGGACAGAGAAUGCAAUGCGCGUUCAUAAGCUGUUAAAAAAACGCUAAAUUCCACUUUUAAAAAAAUCUUCAAAACAGCGAAAGGCGAACCGCGACAUAGCCAGGGAACACUGUACAGUAUUAAGGACACUGACUCACAUUAGUGGUGCCAUUUUUCCGUUUAGCCAGGCUUUUGAACUUGUAAAGCAACUUAAGUGUUCUGGUCCCUGGUAGUGAUUUUCAAACCACGGCAAAAAAAUAAUUAUGAUAAGAAAUGAUAAUAAAAAUGAAAUACAAUAUAAAAAAAAAAAAUCCAAAAAGAAAAAAAAAAUCAACAUUUUUAAAAAUAAUCAUAAUCUGUGGAAUAUAUGUGAAGAAAUGAUUGUGGUCUGUGCUCACACAAAAUAAAAGGUGCUGUUUUCGAUUACAUGUUUUUGUUUGUUGCCAUAUAAUUCGCUUACGAUGGAGAUGUACAUAUUCAAGUUCAUGUAUCUGCAGUUUAAUUGGCUGGUGGUCAGUCCAGUGUGUACCUCGCCUACCGCCCGAGUUCAGCUGGGAUCGGCUCCAGCUCACCCGUGAUUCAACAGACUAAGUGGUAGUAUUAGCAUGAAUGGCCAAUAAAACUGUAAACUGUUGUUGUAGCAGCUCUCUUUGUCUGUGAUUUGAAUUGCCUGGACAGUGGUGACAAUCUGAAGGUGUUGUUGAAAAGACAGUGUAACUAGGAUGCAUCGUGUCUUUAUGCUGUGCUUGUAUUAAAUUCUGUGGCAUUUCUGGAAAUAAAUAUUUUUAUUCCAUAUUUAAUCCUUGCUUUUCAUGUCAUGGACAUUCCUUUGUGUUUACUUAGAAUUUCAAAUGAAUAUCAGAGGCUCAGUUUCCAUAAAAGGAGCUUUGUCUUCAUUUUCAAGCCGAUGAUUUAGACUUGCUUUGCUGUUACAGAGAGUUGUGACCCCAAACAAUGAAAAUACCAGUAGUGGUUCCCACCAGCUGGGUUCCCCCCAACAGUUUGUUUUUGUUGAUACACCAAUGGGGAGCAUUUGCUAUCCAAGACACUAUCCCAGGAAAUGAAAUGUUCUACAAAGCAUAUUUGGCUGAAUUACAUGAACAAU